GAAUUAUGUGAAUAUAAAAUUGCUAAUCCAACUAAAAUAAAUGAACAAAUUGGAAAUGAAUUUGGAAUUAGUAAAUCAACAGUAGGGGAUAUUCUUAGGGAAAAAAACGUUAAAGGUGAAUGGCCACAAUUAGAAAAUGCAUUGACAAUUUGGAUUGAUCAUGCAAAUAGAGCAAAUCAUACAAUAAAUGGUGCUAUUAUUUGUCAAAAUGCAAUAGAUUAUGCUAGAAAACUUGAUACUAAUGGAUUUCAGCAUCACAAGAAAGUAUAG